GAGGUACAGUCAGUCAGCAGAGCAGAGCGCAGAGGUGAAAGCUCCGAGUGACAGUGUGUGUAAUCUCUGUGAGAGAACAUGAGACAAAUUUGGAUAUCCGAGAGCAUUUACAACACAAGCAAUAAUAUCCAGCGGCUCGGAUUAGUUUUUAAUAAUCUCUCACCUCGCGCGCCUCGCCCCAGAGGCGCCUGAUAACGCGCGCAGAUCCCGAGACGCGACGCGACGCGCGAGCCUUCAUCAAUCUUUGUUAUUCAGAGGAAAACAGAAAAGGAGCCAUGACGCGCUAGCAUCGGCUGCUCGAGCUAACUCAAGCGCGACUGUGCACAUCCUUCUCGAUUCCGUCAGCCUAACGUUUCUUUCUUUGUCACAUUUCAUCAGGAAUAUAUUGUAAUCGGCGGGAGUUUAUGCUGGCCUAGAGCAUUAUGGUAUGAAAUCAAUGUUCUGCGCCUCUUGUUGACUCGCCAGGCUAGUAGCGUUAGCCGAGGCUGUGUUACUAACUUACGUCUGACUACAACGGAUCUUCUUAAUUGGGUUUUAAUUAGUUUUACGAUAACAAAUACACAUUCUUAUUAGUAAUUUUGUCAUAACCGUGCAGGUGGUUAUUAACGUUAGAUAAAAUGGUAAUGAGAUUAUUUCUUUGUGUUGACAGUUUGGCAGGCGCAUGCUAACAGUGCACUAGCUCGAUAGCUCAGAUGCUUUUCUGUCACAGCAAUAACUUUCCAUGAUGAGAUAAACGUCUUUUUGUUUGGUUUUCUUUACACGUGUUCUCUUCGUUUUUUUUUUUUAUAAUAACGAUGAUUUGAGCUCGUGUGAAGACAUGUAAAACAACCUAGCUGUUCAGUUUGCCAGCCAUUGAAGCAUCUGUAGACUGAUGUUAUUUUAAGACGGGAAGCGUGAAUACGACUGGACAUUUUAAAGAUUAAAAACACUUUUGGGUCUGGACUGGAAGGGAGGGAAAUGGUUUGAUUUGGCCUGUCUGCACCCUUUCAAAGAUAGACCUGACACAAGAGACUCGUAGAGCCCCAGAGCUCUGGAGGACUCCGAGAGGGACACACGGGUGUCUCCGGUCCUUUGCUCGGACUCUGGCUCUGAUGUGAGCAGUCAUGGGCACUCAGGGCAGCCCCGUCAAGAGCUACGACUACCUGCUCAAGUUCCUCCUGGUGGGAGAUAGCGAUGUGGGGAAAGGAGAGAUCCUGGACAGCCUUCAAGAUGGAUCUGCUGAGUCUCCAUAUGCCUACAGCAGCGGGAUCGACUACAAGACCACCACAAUCCUGUUGGAUGGGCGGAGGGUGAAACUAGAGCUUUGGGACACUUCAGGACAAGGCAGGUUCUGCACCAUUUUCCGGUCGUACUCCAGGGGAGCGCAGGGGAUCCUGUUGGUGUAUGAUAUCACCAACCGCUGGUCGUUUGACGGGAUAGACCGCUGGAUCAGGGAGAUUGAUGAGCACGCACCAGGUGUACCCCGUAUUCUUGUGGGUAACCGGCUACACCUGGCGUUCAAGCGACAGGUCCCCACAGAACAGGCACGGGCAUACGCAGAAAAGAACGGCAUGACGUUUUUUGAAGUGAGCCCUCUCUGCAACUUCAACGUCAUCGAGUCGUUCACAGAGCUGUCGCGCAUCGUGCUGAUGAGGCACGGCAUGGAGAAGUUCUGGAGGCCCAACAGAGUUUUCAGUCUGCAGGACUUGUGCUGCCGUGCCAUUGUGUCCUGCACCCCUGUGCACCUAAUCGAUAAGCUGCCGCUUCCUGUGGCCAUCAAGAGCCAUCUGAAGUCAUUCUCCAUGGCUAACGGCAUGAACGCCGUCAUGAUGCACGGACGCUCCUACUCACUAGCCAAUGCCGCCGGAGGCAGCAAAGGCAACAGCCUCAAACGCUCCAAAUCCAUCCGGCCGCCUCAGAGUCCGCCCCAGAACUGCACCAGGAACAACUGUAAGAUCUCCUAGCCUCCGGGCACGCUCCCUUCCCUUACAUAACACUCAGGUGCACACGGACGAACACACGAGGAAAGCGACACAGGGCUGGGCCGAUGAGGUGUGGCACCUCCCGGUGUGGGGAGAGCAGGAUGUGAUCACUUCCUGCUGCUACAGACAGCUACGUUUCUCCUCCUCACAUUGCUGCAGUACAGUUGAUUCCUCACUCACAGGUCGUGGAUAAAAACAAACCCUUCAUCAGACUCUGAUUUCGUUGCACCACCGACAGCAUGUUUCCUACCGCGCUAGCGCCCUCUACUGGACAGUUCAUGCUGCUUUAACCCUGCGUUGGCUGAGAGGCCUCGUUUUGAAGUUGUUUUAUGGGCUUAUAUUCGGCUUUAGUUGUUGCUCAUACUCAUUAUCCUCAGUGCUCUGCAUACGGUGUUCCUCUUUUUUUGCUCUUUUUAGGUACCUGUUCUCUCUGCAAAAGCUGAAGUUCCUCAGUCACGCGGUCUUGCAUUCUUACCAACAAUGAGAGAGGGCUGAUGCGAAAUGACAUGUAGUGCUUACGUAUGAACCGAUGUAUUAAAAAUGUGAUUUGCACUGCAAAUUGGUGGUUUGUGAAUUUGCCGGCCGUUUACACAAUGACUGUUGUUGAAUGUGGACUGUGGGACCACCAGGCCGAGCGCGACGGCACAAGCAUUUCCAGACUACUUCUGUUCACAAUCUUUCCUCGCUGAAGAUCCAGAAAAUGGUGUUGAGUCAGAUCGGUCUUCUCCUUAAACACGGAUUACAGGAAAUUACUCCUCAGGGGACAGUACUGGCAAAGGGUUUUUUGUCUUCGUUUACUCUCGGCUUCUCCUCGCUUUUUCCUGCAUGCCUUGUGGGAUUAUUUGUCAUAUUUACAAUAGUUUGAAGAUUAUACUGUAAUUACCUCUCUUCUCAUGUCCAGAAUUCAAUACCACGACUGCCUCGCAGCUCGAGUUUCUCACUCAAACCCACACAUUUCAGUACUUCCGUUGCAGUUACAAGUUUCCACCCUUUUGGGGCUAAAAUGGGCGAUGAUUUCAAAGUCCACGUGUUCUACCGGUUUUCAGUGUUGUAGCAUGAGUUCAAAAGUCCGGUUUCUGCUCGAAGCUCUUUUAAUCUGCAUAUACAGCAUGGUUUCUCUAUAGAUGUAUGUCAGAAUGAAGGAUGAUAGACCAGGCUUGCUUCUAAAUUAUCAAGCACAAACCAAACAAGUGACGUCACCGGUGGAAUCUACAGCACUUCCUUUUGCUUCUUCCAAUCUAUUUCCUCCAGGUCUGAUGAGCCGUAGUUUUUUCUCCCGCUCUCCUCCACCCCUUCAUCUCAGGGAUGAGCCCUGGCCUCCAGCGGCAGACCUGCCCAAUGAAGCCCGUUUAAACCGGGCUGAGCGACAGGACGCCAUCAGGGGGCCUUUAAACUUCUUCAGAGGGCUCUGAGCUCUCGGGGUUUGACCUUUAAGCUAUUUGCUACAGGCCUUUUGCAGUCACUAUAGCUGACAGAAUGAUCCUGGCACAUGUUGGCUAUGUGUUUAGAGCAGUUGUGUGUGUUGGUGUCCCUCUGUUGGGUGACGUAAAUACUAAAGGGUCCACAGAAGGUGUUAUUGCCCCCCUCUUAAUCUUUAAAUCCCAAAAGGUUGUGGUAAUAGAAAUACUACAAAGAAGUGUUGUUUUAUUCCUUUUUGGGCACCUGUAGGUAUUAGUUUAACCCUCUCACCUGAGAGCAAUGUUGUUCUUCUGUUAUAUGCACAUUAUAUGGUGCAAAGAAUUUCUGUGGCUUAGUUAGAAGGCUCCAUUUCAACUUUUUUGUAUUGUAAAGUGUUUUUUCCUCUUUGUAACUGAAGCCUCUGAUGAAAUGUAAAAAACACGCUCAUGGUAUUUUAGUGGGGCGGUGUGACGGGACCCUCCUGGUGUUGCCAAAGGGGUGGUUUCUUUAGUUCUUUAUGAACGGGAUAAAGGGAAAUGUGAUUUGGUGGAGCAGUAGGAACACAAUUGUAAACACUAUUUUCCUUUGGUUGAAGCUAAAAGCUGCUGAAUAACUUGCGUAAUUAUCAGAAGUUCCUGUAACAACAACGAAAAAUGUUUUUUUUUUAAGUUAUUGAUUGUACAGUUCUUAGUGUAUGAAAAGUGACGACUUUUUUCACAAUAAAAUUGAUAAUGUUAUCAGUAAAA